CGCUCCUUGGCUGACGUCGGCGGUCGGCGCCGACAGGUGACGUAACGGCGUUCGACAACCACGAGCAGGGAACGAUGGGAAAAGCAAAGAAAACAAGAAAAUAUGCAACUAUGAAGCGAAUGAUCAGUCUGCGUGAUUCAAGAAUAAAAGAAAGUGAAAGAGCAAAACCUAAGAAGAUGAAAAAAGAGGAUCCCAGUGCCUUGAAAGUUAAGGAAGUGGUGAAGUAUCCUUCCUGUCUGUUCUUCCAAUAUAACACACAGCUGGGUCCUCCGUAUUACAUCCUGGUUGAUACCAAUUUCAUCAAUUUCUCUAUCAAAGCCAAGCUGGACAUUGUGCAGUCUAUGAUGGAUUGUUUAUAUGCAAAGUGUAUUCCCUGUAUUACUGACUGUGUGAUGGCAGAAAUUGAGAAACUGGGGCAGAAGUACAGAGUUGCACUCAGAAUAGCAAAGGAUCCACGAUUUGAAAGGUUACCCUGCACACACAAAGGAACGUAUGCUGAUGAUUGUCUAGUGCAAAGAGUCACACAGCAUAAAUGUUACAUUGUAGCAACUGUGGACAGAGAUCUUAAGAGGAGAAUCCGGAAAAUUCCAGGUGUUCCUAUUAUGUACAUUUCUAAUCAUAGGUAUAACAUUGAACGAAUGCCAGAUGACUAUGGCGCUCCAAGAUUUUGAAAAGGCAGUGAUAUUCUGGUUGCACCAAAAAAAAACUGUUUGUUUUACAUUUUUCAUGAAGAAUUUGUUUUCACAUUAAACCAAAUUGCUAUCUUAAAACAGCUGCUUGUAAUCUAUAAUAGGGCUAGUUAAUGCAUUUCUUUAUCUGCCCUUCCAGUGUCCGCCCCUCCCUCUUGAAUAUUUACGAGGAAUGACUUUCAAUAACAUGGCAUUUUCUUAACUUUCAAGGAGUCGUAACAGUGAGUAACACGAUAUUAAAAUAAGCAGUGGAAGAGUUAAAUUAAUAUUAUGUUGAUAUGUAGGUGUGAAAAAUACAUUAAGUAAGUUUUUGCAGUUUUGUAAUAUUGAAAAGUGAAACUGGUUAUAAAGCAACCAAUACCAACAUAAAAAUAUUUGCUCUUUAAUUUUAAGCCCAUGACAUAUACACUUAAGCAGACAAAUUCAAGAUCCACCAAAGAACAGGAGUGGACUCUUUGGUCCUCUUAUCCAAUCCUCAAUAAUUUUGUUAACGAUCCAUGUACGUAUGAACAUUAAAUAAAAGUAGGGAUGGGCCAUUUUCCUCCUUGUGCCUGCUUUGCCAUUCAAGAAUGUCUUUCACCUCCAUUGCUGCUUUCCUCUAUCAAUCCCAUAUCCUUAGACUCUUAAUUAUCUAAAAAUCUAUUUUUAGGCAUGUUGUAUAGAAAUGGUAAUAAAAUAGACAAUACCUUUGACCAGUAGGUGGGAAAUUUUCAUUCUGACCCUUACAACUUGGUGACUUGAUAAAAUGUUAGACAGUGUACUAACUUGGGUAUAUUGUGUUUGAUAUGUAAUAAAAUUACCACCACAAUUUCAUAAACAUGAGAAACUCUGCAGAUGCUGGAAAUCCAAACCAACACACACAAAAUUAAGGAGCAACUCGGCAGGUUAGUCAGCAUCUAUGUAAGUGAAUGAACAGUUAAUGUUUCGGGCUGAGCCCCUUCUUCAUGACUGAGAAGGAAGGUGGAAGACACUACUAUACUCUUUCUUCAUGCUUUGUAGUUUUGCCAUCUGUAACAGCAAAGCUUAUUCAAGCUAAGAAGACUUGUAAGUGGGGUUGCCAGUGGGUAAUGAAUUAUUGGGGGUUGAGGCCUUACAAUUAGAGAUGUUUUGAUUUGUUUUCAUACAGUGCUUCAAGAAAGUAAUUGUGAAAUGGAAUAAGUUGACAAGCUAAUUAAUGUUAAACGUGGAAUGUAUUAAUCUUUUUGAGAUAAUUAUAUGCUUCAUCUGUAUUAAAGCUUACUAUUGAGUAACUUUGACAAUACAAUGUUAAAAUAAACACCUGUUUUAUUUUAAAUAAGAUCAUGUAACUCUUUUCCUCCAGCCCCUUUUCUCCUUUGAUGUUCAUUGAGCAGGGGUUCCCAACCUGAGGUCCACAGACUCUUUGGUUAAUGGUUGGAGCCCAUGGCAUAAAAAAGGUUGGGAACCCCUGUCCUGGGGGCUAAUUACUUAAACAGAAGGGACACGUUUGGAAAAUGCUAUUUUUUUUUCUUGAAUCUCUUACUUAAUCUAUGGACCUGUAAGUAAUUAGCCAUCAUGCAUCCUACUGAAUUCUCCUUUCUGUGGAACAUAUUUAGAUAUGGAUUACCUACCCAUUUAUGACCUUGACAGUGUCAACCUUUAUCCUUUAUGUCAUUAAUUUUAGCUGUUUGAGUAUAGUUUAUUGCUACACAGUUUAUAGUUGUUGUAAGUCCACAGCUGUGUUGGCGCGUGGCCAAGUGGUUAAGGCGUCGGACUAGUGAUCUGAAGGUCGCUAGUUCGAGCCUUGGCUGAGGCAAGGUGUUGUGUCCUUGAGCAAGGCACUUAACCACACAUUGCUCUGCGAUGACACCAGUGCCAAACUGUAUCAGCCCUCGUGCCCUUCCCUUGGACAACAUCGGUGUUAUGGAGAGGGGAGACUUGCAGCAUGGGCAACUGCCGAUCUUCCAUACAACUUUCCCUAGGCCUGUGCCCUGGAAACCUUCCAAGGCGCAAAUCCAUGGUCUCACGAGACUAAUGGAUGCCUAUUAUUAGGUCCACAGUAAAGCUGGUCACAAGAACUCCGGUAAAGGAAGUAGCAUUUGGUGGGAACAAACCAGACUUAACUAUUAGCUAUGCAAAAUAAAAGUGUUUUCUCUGGUUUGCAAUUGUUUAGUGUAGUUACUUAGUGUCUAUAUUGACAUUUUCUAUGAAUAUAGAUAAAAUUCAAAAAUAUUUUGCAUAUUAUUAAUGUUAGAGAAUGUUUUAUGUAAAUCCCUCUCCAGAAGACUAUGUACAUGUACUGUA